UGAGCUGAGCACUUGGUGCUUCCGGUGGCGCCGCGUGGGGCUCCUGGGCCUGGAAGCCGUCGUCAUGGCGGUCUUUGCUGGCCCGGCCAAGCCGUUCCUGUCGCUAAACCCGCAGGAAGAGGCCAAGUUUCAGAAGGAGGUGGCGCAGGCUCGUCGGCGCGCAACCCAGCGACAGGAGAAAGAAAAACUGACUCCUGGAGUAAUCUACGUGGGCCACUUACCUCCAGCACUCUACGAAACCCAGAUCCGGGCUUAUUUCUCCCAGUUUGGCACUGUUACAAAAUUCAGACUGUCCAGAAGUAAACGGACUGGAAAUAGUAAAGGCUAUGCCUUUGUGGAGUUUGCAUCUGAAGAUGUUGCCAAGAUAGUUGCUGACACGAUGAACAACUACCUUUUUGGUGAAAGACUCUUAAAGUGUCAUUUUAUACCACCUGAAAAAGUACACGAAGAACUUUUUAGAGAGUGGCAUGUUCCAUUUAAAAAGCCAUCAUAUCCAGCAGUGAAACGGUAUAAUCAGAAUCGGACCCUUCUUCAAAAGCUACAGAUGGAGGAGCGAUUUAAAAAGAAGGAAAAAUUACUCAGGAAGAAAUUAGCUAAAAAAGGAAUUGAUUAUGAUUUUCCUUCACUGAUUUUACAUAAAAAGGAGAAAAGAAAUGCUUCAAACACUGGUCUUCAGAAAUCUACAAAUAGCCAGGUCUUAUCAAAGAAGAAGAAGAAGAAAAAGGUUUCAAAGGUUUCACAUACUCCUACCACUCCUGAGAAGACCGUGGAUAGCCAGGGCCCCACGCCAGUUUGUACGCCAACAUUUUUGGAGAAACGAAAAUCUGAAGUGGCUAAGAUGAACGUUGAUGAUAAAGAUAAUGAAAUAGUUUUCAAACAGCCCAUACCCAGUGUAAAAGAAGAAACACAAGAGACUCGGACACCUACACGUUCAAGAAAAAAAAGACGAAGGAAAAGCAAUCAGUGAUUCUGAAUGUAUUCUAUUUCUUAUGAAAAAUGUGGUUUUAGUGUAAGGGCUAAUUCUGUGUAUUUAACUAGAUGCAGUGGAGUGCAACCACUGACAAGAUUCUUAGAGGGAAAACUGUCAGUUCAAGGCUGUACGGAAAGCAGUCAGUAGCUGCUUACCUGCCCUUGCUGAGAUGCGCGGGUGCCUAGCUUGCCGGAGCCAGGCUCACGCUGCCCCUUUGUCCUGGUCUCUGGUUUUCUUUGCAGAUUUCAUAGCUGUCUCUAAUUAUUCUGCCUGGAUAGAAAAGUCACCAUUUACUACAGCUUUCCUUGUUAACCAUCAAAUAAAAAAAAUAAAAUCUUGACCAUCUACAUGGUUCUCUGUUGGGCGUGCACGUUUAACCCAUAAGGGCAUUUCAACGUGUGCUUCAAAUUGGAAGUUACAUUACAUGGAGAGAGAAGUACGUGUGUGUGAUUAUUUUUACCAUGUUAAGUUAGUUUUUGAUAGGUUAGCAACAUUUAAUAACCCAUCAUUUUGUCUGUAUCAUGGAUGUGGGAUUGUUUUUCAACAAUCAGUGAUCAGCAAAUAAACUUUCUACAAUUCA